AUGCUCCUUUUCUUCCGGCCUCGACUGGCGCGCCGUCGUGCACGCAUCUACAGACGACCGCUGUUGUACGCAGCGACUGCUUUAUUUUUGAUCGACACCUGGUGUAUAUUACGAAGCAGGGGACAGACACUGCGGGUUGAGGCACGAAGGGCAGUAGAUGCAGCAAAUGUCGAGUCCGUGUUGCCGGCCGACAGUCAGGGGAAUACAUCUGUGUUUAUUGUCUCCGUCCACCGCAAUACGGAAGUGAUACUUCGAGCUGCCUGGAUCAAUGCUGUCAUCGCGCUGGUCGAUCAUCUCGGACCCGAGAACGUCUAUAUUUCUGCCGUCGAGUCCGGCUCCCAGGACUACACCAAAGAAGCCCUGACACACCUUCAGACGGCACUAGACGUCCGGGGUGCCGGCCACUCAAUAAGCCUCGGAACGACGGUCUGGGAUCAGCUCAAGGAGCUAUAUACUUGGCCCGAUCCAGACUCGCCGGCAGCCGAGCGGCCAGGCUGGAUCUGGGACGCCGGUGAGGGUCACUUUGCUCUGCGCCGGAUUCCAUACCUGGCACAAGUGCGCAACCAGGCCAUGGAGCCUCUGCUGCGGCUAGCAGAAGCAGAGGGGCGUCGAUUCGACCGAGUCCUAUGGAUAAACGACGUGGCGUUCGAUACCUCGGAUGUGCUCACUCUGCUUGACACACGAGACGGCAACUAUGCUGCAGCUUGUGCGGUGGACUUCAUGUCUUACCCCCAGUAUUACGACACGUUUGCCCUGCGCGAUGAGAACGGCAACAAGGCGGUAUCGGCCUAUUGGCCGUGGUUUGAGUCAUCCACAUCCAGGGCCAAUGUUCGAGCCGGACGGCCUGUUCGCGUGCAGUCUUGCUGGAACGGCAUGAUUGUUUUUGACGCGCGGCCCUUUUACGACGCCAGGACCCAGACGGGACAUACGGGGCAGACAGGCGGCGCGGAUACAGGCCACGAAGCUCAGCCGCUGCUGUUCCGUGGCAUCGACGACAGCUUGGCGGAGCUGCAUCUGGAGGGCAGCGAGUGCUGUCUGAUCCACGCAGACAACCCACUUUCGAGCGCCGAUACCACCGACAGCCACCAUGGGGUGUGGUUGAACCCCAACGUGCGCGUUGCGUACAGCGUGCCGGUAUACAACAAGGUGCGACAAGACGUGUUUCCCGGAGCCGGGGCAGCUGUAGUGGGCAUCUGGGCGCACCGGUGGGACCGAAUCUUGGGCCAGGUGCAGUACCUGGUAGAAACACAGGCGGUGCUGAAGCGACUGCGGCAGUGGCGGGCAGCGACGCCCGAGGGCCAGCCUCAGCGGAGCGAAGCAGGUGUUGCGUGUCUGAUCAACGAGAUGCAGAUCAUGUGGCAGAACGGGUGGAAACAUCUGUGA